CCCCAAAGCUUCCUCCCCUCAGUUGACAUGAGACUCACCAGCAUUCCGCUUGUGGAAGCACACAGAUUCUACAGGGAGGCCUUUUGAAACAUAUGCAUCAUGAUUUUUGAAGCACUUUUUGAUUGUAUGGACUUUACUGGCUGGCUGUUGGUAAGUUUUGUAAUAUUAGUCCUGGCAGAUGUGGUCAGAAACUGGAAGCCACACAACUUUCCACCCGGACCCUGGGCUGCACCUUUUCUAGGAAAUAUCUUGACAGGACUGGACUUUAAAACAAUGGCGAAGCUUGCUCAGGAGUAUGGUCCAGUGUUCAGCCUGAGGAAAGGCAGCGACAGGAUGGUGUUCAUUACGGGCCACAAGAUGGUCAAGGAGGCUCUUGUAAACCAGCUAGACUGCUUUGCUGAUCGACCUAUUGUCCCUCUCUUCCACGAAACCUUUAAGGGGCUUGGCAUAGCUUUGAGCAAUGGUUACCUGUGGAAGAAGCAGAGGAAGUUUGCCAACACUCACCUGCGUUACUUCGGACAGGGCCAGAAAUCGCUGGAAAGGAACAUCGAAGUGGAAUCUAACUUCCUCUCUGAAGCUUUCAAGGAGGAACAAGGCAAACCAUUUAACCCCCACUACAUUAUAGUGACUGCAGUGAGUAACAUCAUCUCGUCUGUGCUCUUCGGACAUCGCUUUGAAUACAGUGAUCAAAGCUUCCGUAGAUUUCUGGAGUUGGACAAUGAGGCCGUUGUGCUCGCUGGCUCUCCUCUGACUCAGCUGUACGAUGUCUUCCCUAGCCUGCUGAAGCACCUGCCGGGACCUCACCAGACUGUCCUCGGCAACUACAAGCAGAUCAUGGCUUUCCUGAAAAAGCAAGUAGAGAAGCACCAGGAGGAGUGGAACCCUGAUGACCCUCGGGAUUUUAUCGAUGCAUACCUGGUAGAGAUGGAGAAGAACAAGGAGGAUCCCCAGGCUGGCUUCAACAUUGAAACCCUGCUGGUUUGCAACCUAGACCUGAUUGAGGCUGGUACCGAAUCAAGUGCUACCACUUUACGCUGGGCCCUCGUCUACAUGCUGCACCACCCAGAGAUACAGGAGAAAGUCCAGGCAGAGAUAGACAGAGUAGUCGGACAGUCUCGUCAGCCCACUAUGACCGACAGACCCAACAUGCCUUACACCGACGCUGUUAUCCACGAGACUCAAAGGAUUGGAAAUAUCGUUCCCAUGGGAUUCCCCAAAAUGGCCAAUAAAGACGCAACAGUGGGAGGUUACUUUAUUCCCAAAGGCACGCCUAUAAAUACAAUUCUUGCAUCUGUGCUGUUUGAUAAGAACGAGUGGGAGACUCCAGAUAUCUUCAAUCCUGAGCAUUUCUUGGAUUCAGAGGGCCAGUUCCGCAGAAGAGAGGCCUUCUUACCGUUUUCAGCAGGUAAACGUGUCUGUUUAGGGGAGCACCUGGCCAAGAUGGAGCUGUUCCUUCUCUUUACUUCUCUCCUCCAACGCUUCACCUUCUCUCCUGUUCCCGGGGAAAUGCCCAGCUUGGAGGGUGUGAAUGGGUUCACCUAUUCCCCGGAGGAGUUCAGGAUCCUGGCUGAGCCUCGCUGAUCCGCUCCCACCGUUACUCAUCUCAGCAUUAGCCCAAAGCAUCAACGGCCUCCUCGUUCUCUCUGAGACAACACAAUCAAAGAUCACAUAUCUGACUCGGAACUGAAAACUAGCUUGCAUAAUAUGUGACCAUCUUCCAACAAAUAAAUGAAUAUAAAAACAAA